ACUACAUAACUAAGGAAAAACUUUCCUUUGUAAAACAGUGGUUUAUUUUAUUGAAGACUCCAAAAUGGCUUUGAUUUGUUUUUGCUUUUGCGUGCUGUUGAUUGGUUUUACUAUCGGCACCACUGAAGAUAUAUAUUCUACACAUGAAAACGUUUCUGUAGGAAGAUUUAAAAAUACCAGCAUGUGUGGCGUAUUUGCACUUACACAAGAUAAGAAAACAUUCCAAAUCAAGUCUGAUGGACAUCAUAUCAACCCUCCCUGUUCACUUUAUCUCAUUGGUGUAAAUUAUAUAAACAACAAUUACAGUUUUUCCGGCAUGUGUUACAAAGUGUCAGAUAUAACAUUACCUUGUGGCAGAAAUGAUACACUUGUUGUAAGAGAAUGGGCUUUGAAUAUCCGCCACAACGAUCAGUCAAUAUUACUGUAUGCAAAUCAAAGUAUGCUUGUUACAGAGAAAAUCUUACGAUGUGACAAUAAUAAAGAUUUUACAAUUAACUAUGAAUUUUGUCGGGAGAAAUUAUUUAUGUUAGAGAUUCUAUUCUACAGUCCAAACAAACCAUCUGCAAUGUUACCAAAGAUUACUGUACAGUCGCGCGUGAUAAUUGGCCCACGAUAUCCGGCACUCAGUUUACAUGACAUGGAAUCAAUGAAAAUACAGAUGGUGGGAUGUAAGACAUGUAAAGUAACAGCACAUCAAAUGUACCUGGAUUUUCUGGAUAGAGUCAUUUUGAUUGCAAAUAAUAAUAAUAACAAAAACAAGGACGAGAAUGGCAAAGAGGAACAGUCUAGUUCUCCUGGUGUUCAUAAUGUUGAUCUAAAUAUAUUGCUGCCCACUCUGUUUGGUUCUCUAACAACGGUUACAGUAGCAGUCAUAGGAUUGGACCAAUACCGUAGAAAAAGAGAACUUAGGUUUAUUUUUAUUAAAGAUUCGAAAAUGGUGUUCACAGGCUUUUGUUUUAAUGUGUUGUGGAUUAGUACAACCCUUGGCCUCACAGAAGCUAUAUAUUCUACACAUACAAAUGUUUCUGUAGGUAGAUUUGACAAUACGAGCAUGUGUGGCAUAUUUGCACUCACACAAGAUCAGAAAACAUUCCAAAUCAGAUCCGAUGGGCAGCAUAUCGACCCUCCCUGUUCACUUUAUCUCAUUGGUGUGAAUUAUAUAAACAACAAUUACAGUUUAUCCGGCAUGUGCUUUGAAAUGUCUGAUAUAGCAUUACCUUGUGGCAGAAAUGAUACACUUAUUGUAAGAGGAUGGAAUUUGGAUAUUCGUCACAAAGACCAGUCAGUAUUACUGUAUGCAAAUCAAAGUAUGCUUGUUACAGAGAAAAUCUUUAGAUGUGACAAAAAACAAGAUUUCACUAUGAAGUAUGAAUUCUGUCAAGAGAAAGUAUCUAUGUUAGAAAUCUUAUUCUACAGUCCAAACAAUCCAUCUUCAGUGUUACCAACGAUUACUGUACAUUCGCGUGCGAUAGUGGGCCCAACAUAUCCAGCACUAAGUUUACAUGACAUGGUAACAAUGAAAAUACAGAUGGUUGGAUGUAAGACAUGUAAAGUAACAGCACACCAAAUGGAUUUAGAUUUCCUUGAUAUAGUUAUUGUGAUUGUCAAUAAUGGUAACGAAAACAAUAAGGACGUUGAAACCAGUUCUGAUAGUGUUGAUCUCAAUAUUUUGUUACCUUCACUGUUUGGUUCUAUUGCAACUGUUGUAGUAGCUGUGGUGGCAGCCUGCGCAGCGAAAAAAAGAUGCUCUCCAAAUGGAGGUAAAUAA